UUCUGCUCCGUGUACUGCUGCUGUACUGUGUAGUAUUCAGCGAGCAGAUCUAAUUUGCUGUUUCCUCCAGUGGGCGGAGUAGCAGGUCUCUGCCUGGCCGCGCAGCGCUGCUCUCAGCUCUGCUUAGUGUAGUCGCCGUUGCCUCUCCACUCAUGCGGACCCAGCCGUAGCUCAUGGACUAGCCGGCGGUCUGGGGUUGGACUGUAUUAGGCUUGUAGCGGACAGGGUGACCCAGUGGACCAUGGCUGCCAAAGAGGACCUCUACAGUAAAAUCCUCCCUCGGAGGCUCCGACAGAACCGGUCAGGCUCAGUGAAAUGUGGCUCCAAUUUAGACGUGCUUUUAUCCAUGGGCUUCCCCAGACCAAGGGCACUGAAGGCUCUGGUGUCAACCGGAGGUCGGAGUGUGCAAGCAGCAUGUGACUGGCUGUUUUCCCAUGUGGAUGACCCGUUCCUGGAUGACUCGCUGCCCAGGGAGUUUGUCCUAUACCUGCGACCCAGCGGACCUCUGCAGAACCAGCUAUCUCACUUCUGGCAACAGAGCCGGGUCACUUGUGGCAAAAACAAAGCCCACAACAUUUUCCCCCACAUCACCCUCUGUCAGUUCUUUAUUUGUGCAGACCACAAAGUAGAAGCUCUAUGUGAAGCCCUCCAGGUCACCGUCCAGCAGUGGCGGGGUCGAUUUCCCAGCCCGCUGCCUCUAGAGCUCUACACAUCCUCCAACUUCAUUGGUCUUUUCGUGGCAGAGCAUGUGGCUGAUAUCCUCAAGCAGUUUGCAGCUGAUUUUGCAGCAGAGGCCACCAGGAAGGCAGAAGUCCAUGUGGAGCCUCAUAAGAAGCAACUCCAUGUAACUCUGGCCUACAACUUUCCCAGUGAUCACCUCCCAUCACUGGAGAAACUGGCCAAGGGUAUCGAAGUCAAGCUCGGUUGUGAUUGGCUGGCAGUCCUGUUUUCCCGGGACAUUCGUUUUGCAAACCAUGAGACCCUGAGGGUGAUGUACCCUUACAUCCCUCAGAACGAGGAUGAGUUGGAGCUGGUUCCUGGAGAUUUUGUCUUUAUGUCUCCGGUGGAUCAAGGUAGCACCAGUGAGGGCUGGGUGUACGGGACCUCGCUGGCCUCUGGGCUGUCUGGCCUGCUGCCUGAAAACUAUGUCAACCUAGCUGAUGAGUCCGACACCUGGAUCUUCCAUGGCUCCCAUUCAUUCUUUAGCUGUGGGCCCAGUGACAGGACCAGCAAGGAGAGAGGGAUGUUUGAUGGACUGCUGGACAGCCGACGCGCUGAUAACACGAGUCCUGGAGACACACCCACCCUCAGCCUCAUUUGCCAUCCUAUGCAGCAGGUCCUGCGGAUCAGUGGUAGUCACUCCCGGCAGCCAAAGAGGAUGCUUUUUGUCUGUCGGCACGGUGAGAGGAUGGAUGUGGUCUUUGGGAAACACUGGCUCUCCCUCUGCUCCGACAGUAAAGGUAGAUACAUACGUUCCAAUCUGAACAUGCCUCCCAGUUUGCCGCUGUGGGGAGACAAGAGAGAUUAUGACAUGGACGCUCCUAUCACCGUUUUUGGAACCACGCAGGCUCGACUAGUGGGCGAGGCCCUAUUAGAGAGCAACACAGUGAUAGACUUUGUGUACUGCUCGCCCUCCUUGCGAUGCGUUCAGACUGCACAGAACAUCCUGAAAGGUAUGCAGCAGGACGGUAAGCUGAAGGUACGAGUGGAACCGGGGCUUUUCGAAUGGACCAAGUGGCUUUCUGGGAACUCUCUCCCUGCAUGGAUGUCUCCCACUGACCUGGCUGCUGCCCAGUUCAGCGUGGACACAACCUACAGACCUCUGAUCCCAGUCAGCAAGCUCACUGUGUCUGAGCCCUAUGAGACCUACAUGAGCCGGAGCUACCAAGUGACCAAAGACAUCCUGUCAGACUGCAAAAACACUGGAAACAACGUGCUGAUUGUAGCCCACGCGUCUUCCUUAGAGGCCUGCACACGCCAGCUGCAGGGCCGCAGCCCACAGAGCGCCAAGGACUUCAUCCAAGUAGUCCGAAAGAUCCCAUACCUGGGCUUCUGCUCCUGUGAGGAGCAGGGAGACACUGGGGUGUGGCAGUUAGUGGACCCUCCCAUCCUCCCCCUCACACAUGGACCAAACCACAGCUUUGACUGGAGGGAGACACUUCUGCAAGAAUGACAUCUGUCUGAUGUGAACUCUGCCUAACCUGAUAAUACUACACCCCUACAGACAGCAGUAACAAGUUCCAGACCAGUGUCCCCAGAGCACUGGGACCUUUCUCUUUUCAGCCUCUUUAGACAGCUGGUGGCUUAGCAGUGACGAUUCAAGAAACUUCCUGCCUGAAGAUGAAGAGUCGAACGAGCUCCAGUCGCUGAAUGGUUGGUGAAAUGACUCCGUCCCUCUGAGGCUGCUUUCAACAAAUGUCCACACUCAGAUUUCGUUGUAUCAUUAUUAAUUAAAGGAGAGACGAGUUAGUUUGGGCAGUAUAGGUGUUAUGGGCUGCACUGGGUGGAAGAACCUUUGAUGUCAGUAUUGUCAUCCCAGUCUCAGAAAAUUUUGUGAAAUGAGCCUGUUUUAUAAUAGUGAGCUCUUUGAAUUAUUAGUGAAGAAAAUCAUUUUUACCAACAUGAAUGUAUUCCAUGAAGUACACUGGACUUUGUGAUGUGACACUGAAUUGAUUCCGUAGAAAGCAAACACUUGGAAAUCGAACUGCAGUCAUUUUCAACUCGGUUGACUCAGGUUUUAUUUUUAACUCAUCAGUAAAGUUUAUUUUCACUGAAAAGUAAUUCACAAAUCCAAAAACAGUUACUUCUUUAAGAUGGAUAUUAUUAAACUCAAAAAAAUGAGUUCGUUGCUCACUCACUCCCUGGUUUACACAUUCACUGCAGUGAGCAGUCCACUGAGAUUUCUAUUUUCUAUUUGAGAUUUCCAUUGAGACACCUUUGAAUCAUCAUCAUCAUCAUCAUCAUCAUCAUCACCACUGACAGUGCAGUAUCAUACAAAUGUAAUUCUGGCUACCUUCCAAAUUCAGUGCAUUGCAUUAUGGAAGUGUUAGCAAAAGUUGCGUUUAUGCCAUAUUGUGUUUAUGUUGGUUUUUUUUUCUUCUGUUGUGCAAAUUUAUGAGGGCAACACACAGUACAUAAAUUUCACAAUUCGAUUAUUCAAAAGUGCGUGAGAUAGUAAGUAGUCAUUUCAGACCCAGCCUUUGAGUGUGACAAGUACAUUAAAAUUGCUUUUCGCAGUGUGACUGGCAGGUUUAGUGUGUGUUAUCAUCAUGCAACCACAGAAGUUGUUGCAUGUUAACAUGAGCUCCAACUCCAAAAUAUUUCAUGUGCUAAGUAUUAACAUUUUACAUGGAUAGCAUGCUGUGUUAGCAUGUCCCUGUGAUCCAUUUCAUUUGGGUCAGAGCACAGCACUGAUGUUAAAGAUCGAAUAUCAAAGCUGUAUUGUUCAUUCAUCAUGAUAGCCAUAGACUUAGCUACAUGAAAAAAUGGCAUUGCAGGUUUGGUCUAAUCUUAACAUAACUAAAUGUUUGCAUAAUAUGUAUCCACAGUAUCUGAUUUCAUUUGAGUUUGUGCUUAUUUUACAAAAUUAAAUGAGACUGUUGGGAUUUUCUAUUGAGAGUGUUGUAUCACCAUCCCAGCAGCAUUUCCACUUCACUUCUACAUGUGAACAAGUUCCCGACCACAGUAAAAACAGAUGGUAUAGAUUGUUUUGGGUUUUUUUUUUUAUUUAGAGAAAAGUCCUGCUUUGUCCUGCUUACCCUGCUUCAGCGGCUGAGGGAAUGCAUAUCAGCGCUGGCUUCAUGCGUUCAUCAGGGAAUUUCCUGAUGCCACCCACACAAUAUGGCACCAUGUGUUUUCUCUAUUUUGCUGCCACAUGUAGCACAUCCAGUAAACCGAUGUCUUCAACCAUUCAUGAGGUGUAUGUAAGAAUGAAAAACAGCACAACCUGCACUAUUGACAAUCACACAGUAGCUUCUUGAUUCUGGUCCAGCACAUUUGUAGUGUGCAUUUGUUAAAUGUUAUCAAGGAUUCAGAGCAGCUGCAAUUAAUCAUCUUUUCAGAAGUCUUCCAGUUGUUGUUGUUGUUGUUGUUUUUAAAUUUAUUUAUAUACUUUUCUUUCAGAUGUUACAAGCAAAAAUAUUAAAAAGAGGAUCGUCACUUUCAAUAGCAUGCUCUGUAUCUCAGGUGUUGACUGCAUUUAGGACGUAUGUAUAUGCAGCACUGAAAAGUGUUCCAUUGAUAGAGUGACUGUGUUGUUGUGAGUACCUCUUGAAAUUAAAGUGAUGUCUCCUGUUACACUGACUGCCCACUUCCAGCUGCAGAGGAAGAUGUUGUAAACUACUUCACUUGUAAACAGAAAGGGAAGGUUUGCUCAGGCUGAUACUUGACACACAUCUCACAUGUAGCUUAUUAAGACAUCAUAAAAGUUGCAUGUUUUGAGCUUAUUAAGACAGUUAAGACCCCAGAGCCUCAUUAAUCAAUCCUACUCAAUUGUGGUUAACGUGUAGGAGGCUUUGAGAAAUAUUAUAUUGCUUGAUAAUUUUCUGUCCUGUCUCCACAGCAGGUGCUUUCUGAAGCCAUAUGGUGGAAACACAUACAGAGUGCUUUGGUACACUGCCCUUACAGCACUCAAGUCCACACCAAAAAUGCCCAAACACCCAAAUCUGACUGUGCAGUUGUAUUAAAAGAUUUCAGGAGUGAAUUUUGAUCACUUCACCGAACACAUCAAAGAUAAAUUGUGAAAUACAAGCUGUGUCUCAUUUUACUGACCACCUCUUUGAAAUUGCAAAACACAUCACCAAAUAUAUGCUGAAGUAAAAACUCACAUGUCAUUGUGGCACAUUAUGCCAGCUUUUAGGCCAAGUUUUAACAACUCAGUAUUCCUCCGCCAAUGUAUUUUCAGUAGUGAGAAAAAGACUUUGAAAUUGCAUCUACGCUGUAAACCAACAGCGUAGAUGUGAUGACAUUAAUAUCUGCAAUGCUUGUGACAUGAGGUUCUGAUGUGAUCAGUUCACUAUGCUGAUAGAUAGCACAGUACCGAACUGUCUUCAGACUAUUGACAAAUGUCUCCAAAAGCCCAGAGUUUCUCAGCAAAUAGUGAUCUGUUGACUCAAAUAAAAGUCACUUCCUUAUUCAGUGUUCAGUUCUGUCAAAGCCUCCACUGGGUGCUGAGCAUUUAAUAGAAGUUUAUUUUGGAAAUGCUCUUUCUUGCUGAGAGUCAGAUCAGAAUUAGGCCUGGAUUAUACACCCAAAUAGAUGCAUACACACACAACUUGCAGACACCACAGACGCAGUAGUUGCUACUUACUGGGGUCACCUUGGAGGAAACGUUCAACACACACACACACACAAAACGUACAGCACGGACAGCAAAAAAAGUGAUUAACUGCUUAUAUAGAUGCAGUUCAUCUCAGAGCAGCCAUCUUAACAUCUUCCUCUUUCUUUGAUCUGCAAACAUUACCGGCAGGCUGGCUUGGUGAAACUGCUGUAUGACCAUGUAACUGUUGUGAAAGCUUGGCUGAUGCAGGUGUUGGGCAGAAAUACACUGCUACUAUAUAAAUGUGAAAGGUUUUCUUCUUUGAAUUAAAUGUCAUUUCCAUCACAUGAUAUACUGGAACAGCACAUGUUGUGUUGCAGAGUUACAAACCAAGCACGUUUCUACAGAAAACAGAGACAGUCCUGACAGAAACUUAAGAGGAAGAAGCCAUGUUGUUCCUGUAUUCACUCUUUAUUUAUUGUCUUAACAUAUCACCAAACGUGUACAGCAGUUGACGUUACUUCUUUUGAAAUCAAUAUUUGUUGAUUUGUAAUUUAAGAUUAAGUGUGUCUGUAGGCUUCAUGUGCAUUUUAUUUUAGUUUUGAAUUUAUCUUCUGUUGUGUUUGCGGAGCACUGAGUUGUAAAGAAGAAAGCUGCCCUUUUUAAAAAGCUCUAAUAUUUUCAUAUUAUACUCAGGAGGGAGGGGCAGCAGGUAUCAUGAAAUACAAUGAGUUGUGGUCAUUGUGUUCAUUUGCAACUGAGUUUUGUUCUGACUGAAUAUGAAGUAAAAGUAUUAUUUUCUACAUGGCAAUAACAUAAAACAAAAGGUGUGCAAAAUUACUCCCAUAUUCAUUUGGCUCACACCUACAGUGUAAAGGAGUUCAAAUUCAAUAAAAUUCUACAUGCUGCGCUUA